AGCAGCGGUCGCGCAUGCGCGGUGAGCGGCGGGGUGCUGGCAGCCGGGCCUGGAGCAGCCGUCAACUCGCCCGGUCAUGUCGUACGGGCCGCUGGAUCCCUACCGGGCCGGGCCGACGGCCCCGCCGCGGGAUUUCGGUGCUAUCAUUCAGACAUGCAGCGGCAACGUGCAGCGCAUCGCGCAGUACACUGCUCAGAUAAAGAAUUUGAUGAGCCAGCUGGGAACCAAGCAGGACUCCAGCAAGCUGCAGGAAAACUUACAACAGCUACAGCAUUCUGCAAACUGCUUGGCCAAAGAGACCAAUGAGUAUCUCAAAGAGCUGGGGUCUCUACCACUUCCUCUGUCUGCUUCUGAACAGCGUCAACAGAGGCUUCAGAAAGAACGUUUAAUGAAUGAUUUCUCUGCAGCCUUAAAUAAUUUCCAGGCAGUACAGAGGCAAGUGUCAGAGAAGGAAAAAGAGACUGUAGCAAGGGCAAGAGCUGGCUCCCGUAUCUCUGCUGAUGAGCGGUUCAGAGAAGAACAGCUUGUUUCGUUUGAUAGGCUGCUCUCCAUCAAGACUUUCACCCUGAUUGAUUCCCCCUUUUUUGUGGGGGAUGGUGAGAGGAAAGGAAGUGGUGAAGACUGGAAUCAAAUGCAGUCUCAAGAAGAUGAUGUGGCAAUAACUGAACAGGAUCUUGAGCUUAUUAAAGAAAGAGAAACGGCAAUCAGGCAAUUAGAGGCCGACAUUUUGGAUGUCAAUCAGAUAUUUAAGGAUUUAGCCAUGAUGAUUCACGACCAAGGAGAUAUGAUUGAUAGCAUAGAGGCAAAUGUGGAAAGUGCAGAAGUUCAUGUGGAAAGAGCCAGUGAGCAGUUACAGAGAGCUGCCUAUUAUCAGAAGAAAUCCCGCAAGAAGAUCUGUAUCCUGAUUCUUGGCCUUGCUGUGGCUUCUAUAAUCAUAGGAUUAAUUAUCUGGUGGACAGCAAAGUGAGAUCUUCACGUGGAACCUUGUCUCAUUGCUGAGAAUAUUUUUCCCCCAGCACGAACAGGCAGACUUGUCUCGGAAAUGAAACCACCCUGAGAGAGCACAAGCUGGAACUACUUCUAGUAAUAGUUAUUAGCAACUAAUGUGCAGACAACUAGUAUUUGGAAUUAGUGAACCAUGGAGACAGUAUUUAUCAGUUUAUAUACAAAUUAUAUUGUUUUAUGUAACUAACAUCUUGUGGUUUUGCUUUCUGUAAUGCAUUAUUCCCUGUCCCAACUGUAUGCUGAAGUGUGAUCAAUAAUUGGAGAUGUCUUGUUUAUUUUGACAAGUGGCAGAAAUUUGACUUUUUAUAUGUACAGAUAACUUUGGACUGGAAUGACAUUCAAAGAGGGCACAACACUGACUUUCAUUACCUUAAUCCUGCAGUUUCUCAAGUCUCCGAUAUCUGCCCCAUGGUUUUAUUGGUCUCUGGGUGGCUAUGGUUCUAAAUUCAAUUGAAGAGAAAGAUGCCACUGCAGAUCUGAGAAGCAAGAAGUAUGCAUGGAUGAUGAUCAGAACUGCGUGCUUAGGAACAGUCAGUUUAGCCUUGAGACUCGUUGUUUUUAUAAAUUUUUGUGCAUGGUUGGGGUUGUGGUUUUUUUAAUGCACCAGUUGAGUACUGUGAGUCUGAGGACGUCCUAUCUAGCAGUGCAAUGUCAUUGAUGAAAUUAGCUGAUGGUUUACUAUUGGACAAAUAAAUCUCUUUCAAUGCUGACUCUCAAAGCACUAAAAUACAAGUUGAGUUUCUUGCUCCUAAUUGAUUUUUUUUCUUGGAGAAAAUGGUGUAAAGAUGAGGAAGCAGGUACCUAAGCUUACAGGUAAACAAGACAGAUGUGUAUUAUGAGAAAUCCUGCUUUGAAGGACUCUUGAAGCUUCUUGUAAUGUAUCAGUAAAUAUUGUGUGGCUUGUGAAUGUCUGUUAUUUUUCCAUUCUUUAUGAAACAAAGUGCAGAAAUUGGCUGAGCAAAGUGCAAAGGUUUUGAGACUGAGGAUGUGUGUGCAAAUUAAGGAUUGCUGCUUCUAGCUGUCUUGCUAGCAGAGCUGGUCAGGACGUAGCAGUCACUCCCUGCUUUGUUGUAGCUCUAAACUGACAUGCACUGAGGGAUCAGUAACCUGUCUCAAGCCCAUCAUAGUGUGGUAAAUGCAUCGUACUGACCCAUUUUGUAUUUAAUCCUUCUUCCAUGUCUCCUGUGUAAUAAAGUAAAUGUGAAAGCUGGGAAGGGAGGGUGUUCUCCCAAUUGCACAUUGGUUUGCACUACUGCGCCAUCAUUCCAAUAACUAUCAAUAAACACUUUUAAAAGCC